AUGAUGGAUAGUGUCUCCUUACCGGGUCUUCACCAUGAAAUGCCACUUUUGACAGCCACGGCUGACAAAGAUGAUGAGGCUACGAGCCGUGGUCCUGCGCAGAAGUAUAGAGACCCAUGGAUGUUGUGGUCGUCUGACCUUGUGAUACAUCACGUAGAUGUUGAGCUCAUAAUCCCGUGUCCCGCCAGCAGUGUGAACUAUCUGCUAGAAUCAUUUCCUAUUUUGUUCAAUUUACGGUCGCAAUACUGCACAACCCGCCCGCGAGCUAUUGAGCCCUCAUUCUUAUAUUCUGAACUCCUGGAAAACGACUCCGUGAAGUUCUCUCUCAUAUAUCUCGGCGCACGCAUGUAUGCGGCCCAGCUUGGAUCCACAAGAGGGAAGCUCCCCCCUGGCUCUUGUCUCCAAUACAAGGUUGCUGCCAUAGAAAACAUCCGGCAAGCCGUAGAGGGUUGUGCAGCUAUAUCUGAAGCUGAUAUCCUUGCCGUUCUAUUCAUGACUUUGAGCUACAACAAGGUAUUCACUGCUUCCAGCCACCUUGACAACCACUGUGAGUGGACCGCUCAUAUGGACGGUAUUAAAUCGAUGAUUACUCUUCGCGGAGGGUGGGAUAAUGGAAAAUAUGGUGAGCUCAUUAGAGAUCUUUACACUUGGUGUAUGGAAUACGGCACAUCAUCGUCGCUUUGUGCCAGCUUUGCGCCAGAUAUCUAG